AUGACACGAACAAAUGAAAAAGUAUGGCGAAAAUGUUCAACACCACAUCAAUCGUUUACAAUGAAAAAACGACGUCAUUCCGAUCCAAUGAUUAUACGUAAACGUUCGAAUCGUAAAAAUCGUGCUUUACAAGAAAUAAAAUUUUAUCAAAAAACUGUUGGUCUUUUGAUACCGAGAUUAUCAUUUAUGAGAUUGGUAAAACAAAUUUUGGAUGAAUUACGGCCAGAAAUUGGUUAUCGUUGGAAUUCAAUGGCAUUAUUUGCCUUACAAGAAAUGACCGAAAAUUAUAUGGUUACAUUAUUUGAAGAUUUAAAUGUUGCUGCAUUACAUACAAAACGUAUUACGAUUAAAGUUGAAGAUAUGGAAUUAGUACGACGUAUACGUGGUUUAUCCGAUAUUUGUAAUCGUUAA